AAGUGCGCAGCUAUUACAGAAUCCUCUGCAGAAAUGAAUGCUCAGAUUUUGAACAUCGUUCUUAUUAUUUGCGUGGCUUCAACUCUUUUCGUCAGUCAGGCUGACUGUGCUGCUAUUGGGCCAGUAGAAACUGUGCUUCAGAGAGCCAGGAGAAUGACUCCUCUCUGGAGAUGGAUCACUUACAGACCCCUUGGAUCCUCUUGCAGGAGCAAUGAGGAAUGCAGCUCAAAAUACUGCAGAAAGAAGCGCUGUGCCUUGGCAGCCAAUGAAGAUUGACAUUCAAACAAAGCUUUUGUACAGGAUAACAGUCACAAGUUGUCAGAAAUAGCCAUGUAAAUGAACUUUGACCAAUGCACUUAUGUAAAUAGUUUAUGCCCAAUGUUUGUGUAAACGACUUUCUAACCAAAGUACUCUACUAAAUGAAUUGUGUACAGUGCUGAUUUGCGAGCACAUAUUAAUAUAUUUAUAUGUAUUUAUGACCAAUUAAAUUUGAAUAAAACAUAUGAAUAUAAGAAAAGCA